ACCAAACCCCCCCCAUUCGCACUGACUGGUAGAUACACAGCCGAACAAUGCAACCUUAUUGACAAAGUCCACUCAGAUGACUUCCUUUGGCUGGCCGAACAACAGCUCAUGCACCAUUUUAUGUGUUUGCAAGAAAUGGGAUUUGCCUGGAAUGAUUCAGAAUAUGGAUGUUUCCACAAGGACUUCUUCCCACCAAUUAAUAUACUAGUAGUUAAACACAAGCCCUGGGUAUAG